AAGAACAAAGCAUGCAGACAGAUAAAAGGCCCUCUAGGGUUUACAACUUCUUCCUCGCGGCGAGUUCAGUGAGAACACAAGCAGCUUCAGAGAGCCGUGAAGGUUUCACCAAUGGCGCCGGCGGCUAGGAAACCCAGAACUACCCGAAACCCAGAAUUGGUACGAGGUAUCAGGAAGUUCUCGAGAUCCAAGAUGUAUCACAAGCGUGGUAUCUGGGCCAUCAAGGCCAAACACGGCGGCGUUUUACCCCGCCACGACCCCAAGCCGGCGCCGCAGAAGCAAGCGGAGAAACCGCCCAAGUUCUACCCCGCCGACGAUGUGAAAAAGCCGCUCGCCAACAAGCGCAAGCCCAAACCCACCAAGCUCAGAGCGAGCAUUACGCCUGGGACGGUUUUGAUUCUCUUGGCUGGGAGAUUUAAGGGGAAGAGAGUUGUUUUUCUGAGACAACUUCCAUCUGGGUUGCUUCUGGUUACUGGCCCAUUUAAGAUUAAUGGUGUUCCUUUAAGGCGCGUGAACCAGUCUUACGUGAUUGCAACUUCCACCAAGGUUGACAUUUCUGCAGUUAAUGUAGAAAAGUUUGAUGACAAGUAUUUUGCUAAGGAAGUAGAAAAGAAGAAAAAGAAAGGGGAAAAUGAGUUUUUUGAGACAGAAAAAGAGGUUAAUUUUAUGCUUCUAUUUUCAAAUUUUUUUCCCAUGAGAAGCUUUCAAGUUUUUCCCCAGCCAUUUCAAACUGAUUUUUAUUGCAUUCUCAUCAUGAAAUGUAGGAAAAGACAGCACUCCCACAGCAGAAGAAAGAUGAUCAGAAGACUGUUGAUGCACCAUUGAUAGCAUCAAUUGAGGGAGUUCCAGACUUGAAAGCUUACCUUUCUGCAAGAUUUUCUCUAAAGUCGGGCAUGAAACCUCAUGAACUCGUCUUCUAGAGGAUCACUGUCAGUUGCAAUGUGUCUUCUGAAAUAUGUUUGUUUUAGAUAUGUAAUGGUUGUAUUUUCAAAUCACACUGGGCAGUAAUGUAGUAGUUGCAUUAUGAGCCACAGCCUAAAUUUUGUGUUGACUGAACUUCCAUUAUGAGGAAUUUUUUCUUUGCACAUUUUGAUUAUGUCCAUUUCUUUCUCUGGUGUUCAAGGAGCUUAAGAAUGGAGUAGUUAUUUUGAAUC